UUCAUCCGAGAUGAGUGACGCCGAUACGUUUAUUUGGGUUUGUAUCUUCGGCUUCCAGAAUGGAGACGCUCCACUUCACGUUAACUGUUACAAAAACUACGCAAACGCUGGGAUCUUGAAACCACUGCUUGGUAACGGUGCCAAUAUUGAGGCACAAAACUUGGACAAUGAGACCACACUUCACAUUGCCUGCAAAGAAGGAGUAGGAUACGCUGUGCAAACGCUGGUUGAAAAUAGGACUGAAACAGAGGCUAAAACAGUGGACGGAAAGACUCCAAUGGAACUGUGUGCCAGCGAUAAAGUCAAGGCGCGACUACGGAGAGCAAUAGAAGAAAGAAGGUACCUGCUGACUGUAUCGAGGUUCGCAGACUGCAUUCGAGUAGCGCGGAUGGACAGUAUCGCACUGGCAACGCCAGAGUUUAAACUAGCCAUACCGGCCGGUGUGGAGCAAUCUCUUGCCUACGUCUUGGCUGACGCACAUGCGUGCUACAAAAACAUCUUGAAAGUAAGACAAAUACGGGAACCAGUCAUCGAAUUGGUGAUGGAAUGCUGCGCCGUUUUGGGCGAUGUACAGAUAGGUGCAGAGGCUGGGGGUGAGCGAGAUUAUCUCAAAAGGGCCGAGGCAGCGCUAGCGACUUUUGACACUUUGCAAUCACAAAUCUGCAGUGAGAAGGAAACGGUGUCUGACGUUAUCUCUGAGCGCAACUGUAUGCGACAGCGUUGUCUUGCCCUGAUUGAGAAUGCACUGCAAAAUCGCUCAAACGAUCCUCGACCAGAGAUCGGUGUGCGUGCAGCUGAGGCACACGGCAAACUACGCACACGGCCAUCUGUGCCAAAUUCGGAGUCGCAGUAUGUAAGAGACGACAGAGGUUUUCGUAGGCUAUGCAAGGACGUAUGCAUUACAGGGGAGCGCUUUGUGGUCAGAAUACAAGUACUUAGGUUUUAGUUGUUUAUUUUAGUUAUUGUAGUUUUUACAGUU